UUUACAUCAGGUCCCCAUCAGGAGUGCUCCCUUACAUCAGGUGUCCCCAUCAGAGUGCUCCCUUACAUCAAGUGUCCCCAUCAGAGUGCUCCCUUACAUCAAGUGUUCCCAUCAGAGUGCUCCCUUCCAUCAGGGUCCCCACCAAAGUGCUCCCUUAGAUCAAGUGUUCCCAACAGAGUGCUCCCUUACAUCAGGGUCCCCACCAGAUUGCUCCCUUACAUCAGGGUCCCCAUCAGAGUGUUCCCUUACAUCAAGUGUUCCCAUCAGAGUGCUCCCUUACAUCAGGGUCCCCACCAGAGUGCUCCCUUACACCAGGGUCCCCACCAGAGUACUCCCUUACAUCAAGGUUCCCGUCAGAGUGCUCCCUUACAUCAGGGUCCCCACCAGAGUGCUCCUUUACAUCAGGUGUCCCCACCAGAGUUCUCCUUUACAUCAGGUGUCCCCAUCAGAGUGCCCCCUUACAUCAGGUGUCCCCAUCAGAGUGCUCCCUUACAUCAGGUGUCCCCAUUAGAGUGCCUCCUUACGUCAAGUGUCCCCAUUAAAGUGCCCCAUUACAUCAGGUAAAUCCCAUCACACUGCCCCUUACACGGAUUGUUCUAAUCAGAGUGCCCCCUGCAUCAACUAUCCACAUCAGAGUGUUUCCUUACAACAAUUGCCCCAAUCAGACAUGGAUCGGCGGAUGCAUUCUUAGAGACCUAGGGGGGCACAACUAAAAUCUGGGGGAGCACAGUCCACCCUAUCACCCCCCUGGAUCCGGCCCUGGAACAUGGCA